UACGGAACUCUAAUGUUACGUGAUUAAUGUGAGUUAUUUAUUCCAUAUAACCUACAUUAUUGUUUAUUUAUUGGUGUGAGGCGACCUGUGCCGCCGCUGUCCACUAGGUGGCAGCUGUGUGUCUCGGUCCGCCUGCCUGCGUGCUGUUGAGCCUUUGUUUAUAGGAGCCACAGAGACGGAGGGGCCAUGCUGCUCCAUGGCAUUGUCCCUGACACGGAUUAACUGGCUGUCUGACAAUGGCCGUGGCUCUGACAGCCACGCAGCCCCACUUUGCGAUGUUGUUCCAUAGCACCUCCUUCCAAUGACAUCACACACAUCGUGAAAGACGACCAGCGAUGAUUGAUUGUGGACCAUCUUUCGUGUCUGUUGGCCAAGUCACUGCAAGGACACCUGCAUACCGAUGUGAUGUCUGAGAGCUACGGCGGCUGCCCAUUGGAGCAAUACACCUACUGUGGCAUCAUAUAGAAGGACAUCAUGUAAAUUAACAGCAGUGAGGAUGAAUUGAAUCAGCGUGACAAGGGAAGAGCCAACCAGUACUGUUGGGUGAGAACUGAUGGGCUGUCCAAGCUAGCAAUGCCAACUGCAAAAGAUAAAGGUGGUUCAACGUCCCACCGUUGUCGGUCUGCCUCAGUUUAUGAUGAUGCCACCCUCAUCCAGAAGAGAGAAUACUGGAGAACCAAGAAACGAGAGCAGAGGGCCCGACUGACGGAGCGUAGAGGAAAGUCAACACAAGACAGUGGAGGGGAAAAGCGACAUCUACAUGCCCCUGCAGGAUUGAAUUCCACUUUGUCCGACUCGUUUCCUGCUUUCUCUACUCCUCUGCAGAGUAAUGAUGAGUCACACAAAACAGUCAAUAUCUCUCUUGCAUCACAGAGUGGAAAAACAAUGGGGGACAGCUCAGCUGACGCCGCCGAAAGCCAAAAGGAGAAGUGGCUUCAUACAGCGAAACUCAACAAGGUCUUGCCUCAGUUGCCAGCAUCAUGUUCCAUCUCAGUCAAAGCUGCUAGGGGCGACACAGCCACAGUGAAAUCCCUUACAGCAAAGGGUGCUGUGAGCAGAGCCGUUACCUCACCCACAACCAGUGGAACCCAGCUAAACACCUGUUCCUCAGUGCCUCCAGUCAGAGUGACCACAACUACAAAUGGCAGCUCCACUAAAACAGCACCUCAGCCAUGUGUGUCUAUGCAGGGCGCAUCAGGCCCCAGAAUGCGCCAUAAGGCACAAGUUGCAUCACGCAUUCAGCCCAAACCCCAACCCACCAAUGUGAGCACAGGUAUGACUCUUGUGUCGUCUCCAUGUGUCCCCGUCUCUAUUAAAACAGAGGGCAAAACAGCAACACCUCAAAGUGGAACAAAGAGUGCCUUGGUCACCUUGCGGAGGGCUAAAGGUGUUCGCAACCCACAGCCUUGCCCGGACACAGAGGACGAGAAAGCAGCCAAGCGCAGAGAGAACUGGCGGAUCAAAAAGCGAGAGCAGAGGGCUAAGCUGGCAGCUCAGGUAGCUAAAGCCAGAGAGAAGACGCAGAGCGUGGAGCUGACAUUACAGAGGCAAACAGCACAAAAAACAGGACUUGUGGGCGACACCAUUCUGCAGCAUCUUCCAUCCCAGUCGUUUUUGAGAGGAGCGGGCCAGAAGCAGCAGGCCAGACCUUCAUUUACAUCCGCCAAAAGGGAAAUUGAUAAACUUCAAAGUGGAGCAGCAAGUUUAACGACAAUUAACAUGCAAGCAGAUCAGGUAAAAGUACAAAAUCCACAUGGGAAUAGGCAGACAGCCAUCACAUGUGAUGUUAUGUCUGCGAGAAAGCCAGGGGAGUUACAGAGAAAGCUUCCAAAUUCUGUACACCUUUCUUAUGUUUCCCGAGGGAUUGCACGAUGUAAAACGCCUAGACAGAGGUUCAUCGAAGCACAGAAAUUUUUCAUGAAUCAAAGAAACAUGAGAUGUAAAUCUCCUUUGCUUUCUUCAGUCUUUGGUACUAGAAAUAUCCCCCAAAUCGUCAUAUCUCCCAAUGACACACCUGAGCAGAUAAUUGCCAAACGGCGAGAGUACUGGCGGAUUAAAAAGCGUGAACAGCGAGCGAAGCUGUCAAUGGAAGUAAAGGCUCGGCUGAAGGAGAAGGACUCUCUCAUGCGACGAGUGAAACGUUACCAGAAAAUCCUCGAGGAGAUGAGGAGGGCCAGAGCGCUGGCUCAAUCAGGAGGGAGCACCCUCACCCACGCCUCAGAGACCAUUGGAGGGUUCAUCAAAGAGGAUGGGACAGUGACCAUUAACAUUCCCCAGGUUCCUACAGGGCACAACACAGCAGCACGCAAAAGUGAAGCAGAGUGUCAUGCAGUUUCGAAUAAUACCUCCAUCACCAAACCUCAGCAUCAACCUAACACUAAACGGAGAGCUAUUACACCCAUUCGUGUAACCCAGCCUCCACCCCCCCUCCGCCCAGCUCAGGUGAAAGUCUCUUUUCCUCUUGCUGGACAUUCGGCCAACAAGCCUCCAAGACUGCUGUCAAUCAGACCAAGGACUCAACCUGAAAGCACAACUGCUCCAAAUUCCCACAAAUUAGCAAUCCAGACACUUAGUCAGCUCACACUCACUCAUCCCCAGACCCCUCAAAAUGCUGUUUCUGGAGGAUCAGCAGCAGCGACAAACUUUGGUGGCUGUGUCAUGAAAAUGGCCGUCUCCAGUAGCGUGCCAUCGCUAUCAGCUCUCUCUUUGGAUCCAGAGUUGACCGAGGAGGAGAGGAUGGCUAAAAAGAGGGAGUACUGGAGGAUAAAGAAACGUGAGCAGCGAGCGUCUCGAGCUGCUCGACUAAAGCAAGGUGUCUUACAAGCGAGGGCCAAUGCCACCUUACAGAGGAGGAAGGCCCAGAGGCAAGCAGCAGUAACCAGUGUGCCAUCAGGCGGAAGCCAUACAGGAAGUGCACAAUCUCUCCCCAACAGCAGUGCGCUUGCUACGCCACAUGCAAAUGAGAUAAAACACGAGAGUGAGUCUGUGCCAGAAGUUGACCUAAAUUCUCAACCAGAACAAGCCAUCUGUCCAGAUAUCAAACCCCCAACCUCUCCACCGACACCACCUCCAGCGCCUCAGCCGGAGCCUGACCCAGCUCUGAAUGCAGACAGCCAAGCUACCACUCUGCUAGCUGUGGCCUCGAUGAAGAAGCUCCUGGAAGAAUCGCUUAGCACAGUGACAGAGUAUAAAAGUGAGCUGACUGAUGUUAAGAAAGAGACAACAGAAGAGGCCUCAGAAGACGUCAUGACGCCAAAUUUACCUGAGCUGAAUGAGGUGGCUCCUAUUGCUGCUGACUUGACAUUGGAGAUAAAAAGCUGGCAGCCAGACACUGAUGUCUUGGUACUAGAAAGUUCACCAAACCCUCACCUUAAGGACUCUCCCCAAAGUAGCGAGACACCUCCAUCUUCUCCCACAUCCAACCAGAUAGUCCAGAUUCCCACCUGUGAGCACUCAUCCCAAACUCCUUCGAACUUCAUACUAAACCCUUACAUGGAAGCUUCACACAGCCCAUCUUCACCCCGCAGGACCCAGAGGCUUCACACCAGAAAAGCAGGCCAUCAAGACUGCUGCUCUACAGAAUCGUUUAAGCUACAUCACCUACCCAUGGAUCAACUACAGAAACCACAGUGUGAACAACAGUGUCAGGCAGAGAACAGCAACUCGCCAUCAGCACAGAGAUAUCCCAGUGUGGUGACGGAGCACAGUGGUCUGAUCAGCCUGCAGAGGAAGAGGGAGUACUGGAAGCUGAUGAAGAGGCAGCAGAGGGCCAGGUUACGGGCCAGGCAGAAAGAAAGACAUGGAGAAUGUAGCAGUCGGCUUUCCAGCAGAAAUAUUCAGGCUCCAGGUCUCGUCAAUAUCAACACUGAUAAGGGUGUGAGUCCUCUAGAAAAACCAGCCCUUCAGCCCAAGCCACCCAUUGCUUCUCUGACUGCAGUGACCAGUAUCCCCACUGUCCUGGUUGUUAGCCCUUCAACAUGUACCGCUGAGGAGUCACCUGACACACUCCAGGUCAAACUACCUGUCACCAGUGUCUCCUGUUCAUCCAGAAGUGAGCAGAACAGCAUGAGUGUUGGGCCUUCACAGAUCAUAUCUGACUAUCAAGGAGCUCACGAGAAUCAGCAACAAGCCACGCCAGAUUCACAAAAGUGGAUGUCUAGAAGCACAGAUGUAGAUUCUGUCCCCUCCCUCCCUACUCUGACACCCCCAGACAACCCACUUUCCAGCAUCAACCUGCAACCCAUUGAACCCCCAUGUCAAAAUCUAAAUUCCGACCUCAGUCCAAUAAAAAUGCCUUCUGCUCAACUUCAGAGCCCUACACAUAUGACACAAUCUCCCUCCAAGCUGGUCCCUGUAACCACCAUGGUCCCACCGAAGCCCAUCCCAGGGGAGUGUGAGGAGGACUUUCUGAGGAGGAAGCGGGAGUACUGGAGGAUAAAAAAGAAGGAACAGAGAGCGAGGAAGGCCAUUCAGGACAAGGGAACCAUCCCAAGGAGAGCAUCCAACAACUUGAGGCCUAUCCUUCCUGCCCAGGACAUACAAACACGGGAUUCUGAUCAGUGGGUCAGUCAGUCCUCUGAGGAGUCACAGCAUCUAAUGAGCACUUCAGAGGACACCGACCCGGGAACCUUUCCAUUCCCAAAUUUCGCAGCACAGGUGGAAGAUGAGACAGAGCUUCUGUUCACUGACUAUGAGAAUGCUAACGGCGAGGAAGGUCCUGUCUCAGAAGCUGUGUGGAGGAACCGCUACCUCAUGGACUACGAUCCGCUCAACCAGCUGCUGGUGUGCAUGGUGUGCGGGGAGCUGCAGUACUCCCACAGCCUGGAGGGAGUGAGGGCCCACAUCGACGAGGCCCACCCGGACACACUGACCCUGGAGCCCAGGGAGCAACAGCAAAUACUGGAGGCCUGGGAUGAGCAGGUGUCCCAGCGGGAACGCUUCUUCACCAGCCAGCUCCAGCAGCACAGUGAGGCCCUGGCAGAAGAACAACGGGACUGAAGAGCAGAGGAGGACUGCAGGAGACAACUGAAGACCACGGAACCACACUUUAUUUGUCUUAUUUAUUUAUUGUAUUUUUUUAAAUAAAUUUGCUUACCUUCAUAGAAAGUCACCUUGAAGGAGAAUGCUGUAAAGGGAACAUUCACUCCAAAAACAGCUUUACCUCAUUUCCUACCAGGGUUGUAGUGUGGGCCUUUGAAAGUCAGUAUGGACAUUUUUUCUUUACAAUGAAGCCACCAGAACUGAGAUUUUGUAAUAAUAUUUAAAAUAUUUAAAGAAGAAGUCCAAUAUUCUGGGAAAUACAGUCUUUGUACUAAGCAUCCUGGACCUAUUUCUGUAGUGAACACACAGAUAACACUUACAAUGAAAUCACUUUCAUAUUCUUGCUCUAUUUCCUAAAGUUUUUAAUUGUUCUGUAAGUUUGUCCGUUUUAAACCUCAAACAGUGUUUCCCACAGACCCUAACCUGAUAGAAACUCAGAACAUUUUGACCAUCACAGGAGAAAUAAAGCCCUCCUUUAAACAGACUGUGUAACUUGUGAACACAGCCACCAUGUCAACAAAUGGCAAUUACAGGAUGAAGAUAAAUUUCCCAAGAUUCUCUUGAGUCAGCUGUUUCAAAGACAUCAUUAGGUGACCUGACUGAGAGCAAGCAAAAUAAAUCCCGUUAAGUAUGCUGUGUUUAGCUCUCUUUCACUUUUAGCACUAAACCAUAAUAUGUAUUGGCAACAUGCUUAAAGAUAGUCCUAUGUGUGACGUCAGCACUCUAUCUAACUCACAGUAACUAACAGUCACAUAGCAUUUCCUAUGCAAACCACACAAGAAAAAUCAAACACGAUAUAUUUUUUUUUACCUGUUAUUCAGCACUUAGUUUUAUCUACAAGGGUGUUUUCAAAAGGGGAGGGUGAUACCACAAAAUUAGGUUUUGAUCCAAUAUUAAGCAAUGCAGGAUUCUGCUAAUACCGAUAUUGAUGCCAAUACUGAUAAUUUUUUUAUUAUUAAAAGCAGCUUCUGUACUUCCAUGUUGGGGAGAGUAGUGUGUCAUGAUUUAUGAGCUGAAUAAUCAAUCUGCUAAAGUAAUAGCUAAUAAUAACCAAUUACAGUUUGAAAAUGUAACCAUUGCUGAAGAUUUAAUUUAAUUAAAAUUAAUUUCACCACUGUAGGAUUAUACCCAAAUAUUCCCUGCCUGAGGCUCUCUGAGCAUACUCUUCCAGUGAACUCUGUCUCCACGUCAGAGGUCUGGAUGCUGAGACAUUUCCCUCCCCCUCUCUUCUUUGCAGCUCCAAGUUCUCUUUCUCAUUUUUUUUUUUUCCUCUUUCAUUCAGCCAUCACUGCAGUCAUGUGUCAGAUAAGCUAGUCGGGGUGUGUGCUGCUGUGUGUGCAGCGGUGCGUUGCAAGUAUUGUUUAAGUGCACACAACAAGAUAGCAGCAGUGGAGAAGCAAAGAGUACAUGCACUACAUGUGUUCACAACAACCAAUUAUACUCUUGAAAUUCAAAUGUGUAAAACAAAGAAGUAAGAGACCAAACCUUUAUUUAUCAAUUCUAUUGAUGCUAGGAUCAGUCUUCAAAACAAAACCUAGUAUCUGUAGUGUCAAUACUUACCUUUCAAUGUCAAUACAAACCUUUUGCUGGAUAACAGGUGAAAAAUAGGGCUAAUGUUUUCAUAUUUCCCGUAAGGUUUGCAAAAAUAACUAACUAAAUCACAGAGUUAAGGUCUGGUCACACCCGAAAGUUGUGGCAAAAUUGUGAAAAAAUUGUGCUUCUUUUCUCAAUAUUUGGAAGAGGCUUGGUGACCACGCUACUCUGAACUACAAGAGUGGGUUUUAUUACUUACCUUAUUCCGUGAGAAGAAAACUGUGGGACACAUCACUGCUUUCAAAUUGAGAAUUAAUGUACAUCGAUCAGCCAAAACAUUAAAACCACUGGUGGGUGAAGUGAAUGACAUUGAUCAUCUUGUUACAGUGCAAUGUUCUGCUGGGAAACCUUGAGUCCUGGCAUUCAUGUGGAUGCUACUUGAUGUGCUCCACCCACCCAAACACUGUUGCAGACCAAGUAAACCCCCACAUGGCAA